CAAGCAAGUCAAGCUGUGAUAUUUGUGACUUUGUUGGUAACUUUUUAGUGAUUGAUCUCUAGUCUGCUUAUGAAAGAAUUGUCCUCGUGAGGCCUAAAAUCCAACUGGACGAGGCAGCAAACGAACAGAAUGAUGUCUCGACCAAAACGACCCGUUAACGGCCGUAUUUCUGUUCACACUCACGAUAUUGUGGACGAGCUAUUGGACGACAAUGGCAAACAUGAACUCUCCAAGGAUAAUCACAGACGAGCAGUAUCGGCGUCGUCAGUCGAGAGACCAAAACCUUUUGGAACGUACUCGGAAGUAAGAGCUUCCAGUGCCAAGUCAGCCUGUCCUUCGGACCAUUCUUUCAGAAUUCAGACCUGGUUGAAUGAAAAAUCCGUUCGAAAUAUUCAGGAAAGGACCGACUUUGAGUCACGAGCCACUAAAAAUAUGUACACGACGCUCCUUGAUAACGAGAAUACUUUUGUAAAGAAUGUUGACAGUUUUAUUGACCAGAAAGAAGCCCUUGACAGAAGAAAGAAACAAAUGCUUUUCAAGAAAUGGAGUGAGCGAGUGUACAGUCCUGUCAAGGAAAAAAUAGAUGAAGAAAUGAAUGGCCCAAACUACAGACACUUGGAUAGAAGAAAAAGGAAUAUUUACAAGAAAUAUCUCGAUUAUAGUAACAAAAAGGGUGUAGUAUUCCUAGAUGUGAUGUCUCCUGAGGAAUACAAUCCACUAGUUCUUAAUGCCAACCGGCCUGCACCACUUAAGGCAAUAACACAGAAACUAGAUGAUCCUCUAUUAUCUCAAGGAACAACAAGAUUGGAGGAAGAUCGCACAAUGGUGAGGUGCAUCACAGGAGAUACAAUGAGUGACAAACAACUAGAAGAGAUCCACCUCCCUUCAGCCCCACUGGUGCCUCUGGGUCGGCAUGGCACUGAGUGUAACACUUGGCUAAGAAUGCAAUUACAUGAUAUCGACAGUGGUGUUAGGAGAAGAAGCGGGCUUCGUAUGAAAGGAAUCUACAAUGACUCAGACAUUGACCAUGAAGAGUGGAGUAAGCUAGAAAGGAAUCCUGAAACUAUUGAUGUUGAAUUAAGAUCCCAGAAGAGACGGCUGUUUAGAGAAAAACACGCCACAACACUUCAGUUUGACUGGCCUGAGCUGCCUUCCAUCAGUAAAAAUACCACAUACCAUCCACGCAUACCCAAUGUCUUGCCGCUGGGCACUAGUUUUGAAUAUUAUCCAGAGCUUAGUGCAUCAUAUUAACAACACUAUAGAAGCAAAUUUAGUGAAAGGGGAGGGGGUCAAUGUUUCUCAAAAAUGUCUACGUAAAAUCAUAAAUAUUUGAAAACAAUUUUUCAACUCCACAAUGUUUUCAUGGAAACAUAUUUUUUGAUUUUUUAACAGUAAAAACAUUUUGUAAUGGAGUACAGUCAAGUCUGGUAUUAAAAGAUUUUUUCCAUGCUAUGGACACUGUAAAUCACAUUUCUGAUUUCUGAAAUAUCACGCCUAAAGUAUUUACAAUGUAAAUAAAUAAAUAAACAUAUUCUGAUUGUAAUCUUUUGCAGCU